AUGGAGAACACUCUGUAUGGCAAUGUCCGUGCAACAUCCAUCUCUAAGGAGGAGCUUGUGUCGGUCUUGCGACAGCUGUCCCUCGAUGCUCGUGGGGCCGUGAGUGAGUGGCCUGCCUUGGCGCUUUGGAAUGAAGAGUACCUGAUCAGAGCACUGGGUCCCACCCCACUGACCAUGGCGACCACCCCCAAUGGCCGGGCGGACGCCUUGGUCCCGGGACCAGAUGGCAGCGCCCUGGAUCCUGACACGGGCAACCCUGUGUUUGCCCUCCCGAUGGAGAGCAAGGUGGACGUUGCGACCUUUUACCAGUGCUUGAGGAGGAGGGACGGCGCCUCGCCCGUGCCAUACCUGCAGUACCAGAACUCCUCGCUCUCGGUCGAGGCGCCGCAGCUCCUGGUUGACGUCGCCCCGGAGCUGGGCUGGGCAUCCGAAGCCUUUGGCAACCAGCCGGAGGCCGUCAACCUCUGGGUGGGCGACGAGCGGUCUGUCACCUCGUGGCACCGCGAUCCCUACGAGAACAUGUACGUGGUGGUGAAUGGGGCCAAGCGCUUCCACCUCCUGGCCCCCGCCGACGGCUGGCGCAUGGCCGUGCGACGCGCCGAGGUGGAGGUGGGGCCGGGGGAGACACUGUACCUGCCCGCCGGGUGGUGGCACGCGGUGGAGCAGUCCCCGGACACCAUCGCGGUCAACUACUGGCACGACCGGCACUGGGGCGCGGGCGUGGCGGCGGCCACCGCCGUGGAAAGCCUGGCGGUGCUGGCGGGCCUGUCGGAGGCGUGA